CGCAGUCAUUGUUUACUUGCAUCGUAGUUUCCAGUGGAAAGAAAAAGAAAGAAACGGUGAAUAAAAUAAUAAUAAAAAUCAAACCAAGUGGUGUUUAGUGAAUCCGAGCCUCAUAAAACCGGACCACAGCGGCGCCCGAUGAUGGAGGAGCAGAGUCAGGACACCGAUGGAGGAGCACGGUCUGUGGAAGACGAAGGGAUGGAGAAGGAGAACCUGGAAGAUAUGGCAGCUCCAGAUGCAGAGGAGGAAGAUGAGGAGGCUCUUCCACACUCAGAGAUCCUGGAUAUUUUCGAGGAAGGACUUGCUCGACUUGUGCAGGACCCUUUACUCUGUGACCUGCCAAUUCAGGUGACUCUGGAGGAGGUAAACUCUCAGAUUGCUUUGGAGUAUGGCCAGGCGAUGACCGUGAGGGUUUUAAAGGCGGAUGGCGAAAUAAUGCCCAUAGUGGUGGUGCAAAAUGCUACUGUCCUUGAUCUGAAGAAGGCCAUUUGCAGAUUUAUGGAGCUGAAACAACAACGUGAAGGUGGAGUGAAACAUGUCAGCUGGAGAUAUGUUUGGAGAACUUAUCAUUUAGUAUUUCAGGGGGAUAAACUCGAAGAUGACAAGAUGAGGCUUAAAGACUACGGGAUCAGGAACAGAGAUGAAGUGACGUUCAUGAAGAGGCUGAGGAAAAAGUGAAAUGUCACAACCAACAUUUGUCACGUCAGGAAAAAAAAUCACCACUUCCUGCAGUGUGUGUACUGGUGCCAUCAGUUUCUCAGAUUUGAAAUGACUUUGAUAAAGUAUUCAUGAUAAUACAACUUGUUUUAUUUUAAGUAUUUGGGACACUCACGUUGUGAAUAUUUCUGUACACAUUAUAAACCUAAAAUAUUUAUCCAGAGGCUCACUUCACAAACUGAGCUGUUUCUUAAAGGGGCUACAUGUAAAUAAAAUGUCUGGAAGCCUGGGUGUUAAGCCACCUUUUUUAUUGUGAUUUUUGUAUAAUUGUCUACAAAUAUUAAAAUAUAUUACAGUA